CACUGGCAACCAGUCUAUUCGAGGCCAUGACACCGAUAGGAGCAGGUUCGGCUUGCCUCAUCUCAGGACUCUUGGUACAGCUCACAGAAUGGAAGUGGAGUUUCGUGGUGCCGGCAUGCUAUGGUUCUGUAAUCUUCAGUCUGGUAUGGUUCGUGGUGCCUCGGGAUAGGGCAUCUGACCAUCGAGAAAGUAUCGACUGGAUCGGAGGAUAUCUGGGCGUGGCAGGCUUAGUGGUGUUCAAUUUCGUGUGGAACCAAGCUCCGGUGGUUGGCUGGUCAACGCCAUACAUCUACAUCCUGCUCAUGGCCGCAAUAGGUCACCUCAUAUCCUUUGGUUUCUGGGAGGCGAAAAUCGCCAAGAAGCCGCUCCUGCCCGCCGGAGUAUGGAAGACACGGCAUUUCCCCAGGACACUUUGGAUCGCUUCAUGCUCGUUCAUGGCUGUGGGGAUAUUUCUCUGGUACUUCAGCCUAUUCGCUCUCCAGAUUAGACAACAGACCUUCAUUGCGAAUGGUGCCAACUUCCAGCCCAUGACCGUCUUGGCAGCCGCAGUCGUCGUAGCAGCAAUGCCAUGGACGCUUCGCAUACCGGCGAAAUAUGUCUUCGCGGGUGCCAAUGUGGCGUUGGUCAUUGGCAUUGCCCUUCUGGCCACUGCGCCCAGGGACUUGACAUAUUGGGCGUUGUUGUUUCCGGCCAUGUGCUUUGCGUCCAUCUCGGUGGCAUUCGCGCUGCCGGCUGGCCAGAUGUUGGUUCGAGACAGCAGCAAGGAGGAGGGGGAGGAGGAGGAGCAAUCGAUUGCGGGCGGGCUGAUCCGCACAAUGGUUGGUUAU